UUCUUCCUAAACCUUACAUGACACCAGGAGGAGAAGGCAGGGCCAGUCCUUCCCUCGGUUCAAAAUACAGAGAAAAUCAUAUCGUAAGCCUCCCUCUUUCUGGGUAUGGACCACCCUCCUCUGUUCUCUCCUUGUGCCAUAGCUGUGUGCAGGCCCCCAUUCUCGAUGAGAGCAGAGACAGAGGGGGACUGUGAGGAGAGGAGAAUGGAGACCAAAAACCUGCACAGGAAACACAACUGAGACGCCAAGCUGGGUCUUACCUACACAUCCUGGACCACUAACUGAAGUCGCUGACACAGAUCUCUAGCUGGUGAUAAAGAGAGAAGGAACCAUGGGACCUGGAAUAUGGAGCCUAUUUGCUCUGUUUGGUUUGUCCCUCUGGAGCAACAGCCAUGCCCUGACCAAGAGCCCCAUCUUCUCCCGGAUACGAAGGGCUCCAGAGGCCAGUGAAGAAAACAAGAAGUGCUCUUACACUUUUCUGGUCCCUGAACAGAAGAUUACAGGCCCCAUCUGUGCUGCCCGGGGAUAUUCAACUGACAAGGACAGAGUAACACGCCUGGAUGUGUCUGUGGUGCGUGACCUUCUGUCUAAACAGCGUCGAGAGAUGGAGACUUUAAAGCUGGUGGUGGAUGUGGAUGGAAAUUUGGUGAAUGAGAUGAAGCUGUUGAGGAAAGAGAGCAGGAACAUGAACUCUAGGGUCACCCAGCUCUACAUGCAGCUUCUACAUGAGAUCAUCAGGAAAAGGGACAAUUCACUGGAGCUGGCACAGCUGGAGACACGCAUCCUUAAUGCCACCACUGAGUCAUUGCGCCUGGCUUCCAGGUACAGGGAACUGGAGGCCAAAUAUUCAGCCCUCUUGCUGAUUGGAGCACUGGAAGAGCUUUGCAUGCAGGUUUACAGCCGCAGGUAUGAGCAGCCACCCCUAGGACCUCCACUGGUGCAGGUGGUGCCUGAGAACAUUCCUGUCAAUGUACCACGUUUCACCAAUGAGAUCCAGAGAGUUAAUGCCCGAGGAUUUGUUCGAGAUAGGGGCUCUCACUCUGGGCCAUCACCCACAAGUAGUACCCUAGAAGUCAAGAAGCCACCUCAGAGAAACUUCAGUGGUGAAGGCGCAUUCAGAGACUGUCUGGAGGCACAGGAGGCCGGCCACAGCACCAGCGGCAUGUACCUCCUCCAACCACACGAAGCAGAGAGGCAAGUGCAGGUCUGGUGUGAACAAGAUAUAGACAACGGAGGUUGGACUGUUAUCCAGAGCAGGAGAGACGGGUCUGUUAACUUCUUCAGGAACUGGGAUAACUACAAGAGCGGCUUUGGCAACAUAGAUGGAGAAUACUGGCUCGGCCUAGAAGGCAUUUACAACUUAGGGAGGCAGGGGGACUACAAGCUGCUGGUGGAGCUGGAGGACUGGAUGGGAAAGAAGGUCUACGCCCAGUACAACAGCUUUCACCUGGAGCCAGAGAGCGAGGGCUACCGCCUGCGCCUGGGGACCUACCAGGGCAACGCUGGGGAUUCGUUAGCCAGUCACAAUGGCAAACAGUUCACCACUCUUGAUCGAGACAAAGAUGCCUUCUCAGGUAACUGCGCACAUUUCCAUAAAGGAGGCUGGUGGUACAGUGCUUGUGGCCAAACCAAUCUUAAUGGUGUCUGGUACACCGGAGGUGUCUACCGUAGCAAGUUCCAAGAUGGGAUCUUCUGGGCCGACUAUGGCGGAGGCUUCUACUCCAUGAAAGCUGUCCGUAUGAUGAUCAGACCCAUCGACUGAGGAGAUACUGUAAGCCAGGCUGGCCUAUGGGCAGUUAUGGAGACCACGAUAAGCUUUAACCUCAUUCUAAAUCAUAACUAUAUAUAUGCCAUCAACAAGUGGUUGAUCCUAGAUAAAGUGAACAGCCCCAGUGGAGAUUACCAGCCAUUUGAACUGCAUCCUGUAAUAGACUCUGUCUGAACGUUGCUCUUUUAAUAUCAUAACAGAUGCACACAUAGAGGGAUUUAGGGUGUGUGACUGUUUAUAGUAAGCCAUACAGUUCCUUUAGCUGCCAAAUGGAUAUGACGGUGAAGGGAAAUUUGAGAAUAAUUUCAGUUAAAUAAUGCCAGCUGUCCAUCUGAUUUGAGAAGGUGCCACAUUCUUGCAGAACGUUACUGGUAUUCUGGUUAUUCAUAAGCUUUAGCAUCACAGGAUCUCGAUGCAGCUCUUCCUACCUCACCAAGAUAUACAGUAUGUUGGGAAAACCCUCAUUUGUGGUAUUUACCAUCUGUUAUAGUUGCUGGGAGCUGGAAAAUACAUUUUGUUAUUAAAUAUAAAUUUACAUAACUCUGUAUCAGCUUCCACAUUUAAAAAGACCAAAGAUCAAAAGAUUUGGAAAAACAUGUGUUAUGUAGAUUUCAUAAAACACAGCCCAUACUAAUUUUAUUUUUUCUCCCUAAACUUAAAAUGGUCUUUAUGCUGUAUGUUAAACUACUUUGUCCAAGUGUAGACGACCAGAAAAUACAAUUUAUGUGUAUAAUUAACUUAUCAUAACAGUGAAAAGGCCAGGUGUCCUGAGGGAACAGUAAACAAUCCCUCAGAAAACAGAACUCAUUUCUUCGACUGUGUACAUGACAAUCAUUCUCACAGUGUGUUUGCACGUACGGAAAUUGCUGUUAUAGUUUUCCUCUUUGACUGUUGAUUAAAUUUCAGUAUCACUCUGGGAAAAACAAGUGUUGUUGAGAGAAAAGAAAAAUGAUGGAAAUACAUUUUGUCUUAAGAGGUUUUCGAGCAUGUAAAAUAUGCUGGCCAAGUGUGAUGAGAGUCAUAGGCACUAGGGCCGACAACGAGAAACACAUUGCUCAAAGCCAGAAAGGAUUUAAAAAAAGGAGUGGAGAGGGGCUGAACUAGGAUGUAAUCGAUCCAAAUUUCCAAGUUAUUUUCCCCUCUCUUCAUUUUCUAUACAAAGAACUUUACAUUCUUUCCACACAAAAGUACUUGAAAUGUUUUUUUUUGGUAAAAAACAAAAAGUAUCUCAGUUGACAACGUUAUGAGACCCUGCACUCUGUAAUCAUCAGUAUGGAAAGAAAGGGGCAUCCUUUCAGGGGAACCAUUCUAGAGGGAAGAGGAGCCAGGGCGAUUUCAGCUGAUGGGUUUGUUUUGAACAACCGUGCUCUAUCCACAGCACACAUGGAAGAAAAACAGCCUGUGGUUUCUGAACUGAAAAUGGACCCUGAUAUUGUGCUGGUUGUUUUCUUUAUUGACCACAGUGCCCUUCACACCCAUCUCUGUAACAAAUGUUUUUAAGUUUGUUAGAGAAAAACAAAGUAGGGAGAUCAAUCAAACCUAGCUGAGCAUAGAUACAUGUUUAAGGUAUUAUAAUGUCAAAAUUAAACAGCUAUAAAACUUGAAACUGAUGGGUCACAAUACUAGGCAGAGCAGUAUUACACAAAUGGUGAACAUAUACGGUCACUCACAUUCUUGUUCACUGGGAUUUAAAACAGCUUGUUUCAUGUGCUGUGCUGAUAUAUGUUGUUGACUGACCCAUAAUUCUUUAGCUUGCUGACAAGCAUG